AAAGUGUUCAAACCAAUGAGAACUUCCCAACUUUCCUGCAGAGUUAAGAAGGCUGGGGGAAAAUCCGUCCGCGUAAAAGUAACGUAGUAUUCCCGUCCGGUUUGUUAAAUACCGCACGCAUACAUAAUGAAGAGUAUUUAAAGAGUCGUUCAUAUAAUAUAUAUUGGGAUAUGAAUGCUAGUAAUAUGCGUCGCUGUUACCGAAGGAAUACGAAAAGAGCUGCUUGGAUUUCUAUAGCGUACUGAAGGAGAAAAUUACAACAACAACUGUGCACAACCAGAAGUGCUGGAAUGGAAUGAGCGUCACUUAAGGCUUGUGGAAAUCUUUUUUUUCAUAAUGUUUUAAUAAACUAUGAAGAACAAAUGGAUCCAUGAAUCUUUACAGCAGACAGCGCUGCCACUAUAAUAAUUUUAUUACACCGGACAGAAUUAUAAGAAGAUUUAUAAAUCAGGAUUAUUACAAACAGCAAUUUGUCGUAAUUGGAGGACUAAAGGAAUCAAUUGGGUUUCUACAGUUUAUUUUUAACACAUGAAUAAACAGAAAUAUAUACUGUGACCAAGUUUUCUGCCACAUGUUUGCAGUCAUCAAAAUGUCAAGGUCUGCCAACUUAUUGUCCUCUUUAAGCAGAAUGAUUUUUCAUUUUAGUUGCAUAUUUGUGCUAUUUCCCUAUUUUUCAGUUGCUUCUCCUUCUCGUGGUCGUCGACUGAUAUGCUGGCAAGCAAUAAUGAAAUGUCAAGGGGAACCGGAGUGCGACCAUGCGUACCAACAAUACGCUCUUGCAUGCGCCCCCGUAAUAAAUGGAGAGAGAACGAAGUGUCCUAGACAUUGCAUCGCCUCCUUCAUACAGCUCAACCUAACUAAGAACGGGCCAUUACUCGAGGAUUGUGAUUGUGCUACGGAUAUUAUUUGCAAAAAUGCUAAACGUGCUAUCGAGCCUUGCUUGCCUCGGACAAGUAAAAUGGGCUGCACGGAAGCCCGGCGCCGGUGCGAAAGAGACGCUGAAUGCAGCGCUGCAAUGCGCGAAUACUUAAUCCAUUGUAGUAAACUGUUUGACGGGGUAAGGUGCACAGACGCUUGUAUGAAUGUGAUUGCAAACAUGCGCAAAAUACCCAAAGCAGAACAAUUAGAUACUUGCAUUUGUGAUGGAACGGAGAGGAUAAUCUGCGAAUACGUAAAAAUUAACAUGAACACGCUUUGCUUUGGCUCUCACCGAACUUAUGAUGGUAGCGGACUGCCAGAUUCAGAGGAAGAUCAUGAUGGGAUAGACGAAGAUGCCGAUUAUCAACUUGUAGGUAAUGCAGCGUGUCCUGAAAACGUUCAUUGUAUCUUGAAUUUGGUAGCACCUGUUCUGAUUUUGUAUCACGUAUCUUAAACUUUCAAUUAUAUUUACUGCACCGAUUGCCAGCACGCAACGGCAACUGAACAUUUCUCACUCCAAAGAAUUUAAAGUCACCUCUAUUCUGAAAAAAAUAUGUAUUUUCUAUGCAAUUUAUUAUUUUUAUAUAAACGACGUGGAAGCAAAGUAGCCUAACUGUCAUAACAAAUACUUUUUUUUUUCAAAACUACUGCCUUGCCUCAGCUUUAUUGUUGAAAACUGGAUCGUCCAACAUGUAUAGUUUUUAUAAUAUUGAAACUUGUUUUAAAAUUUGUGAACAAAUUCUAAACAAAAAGCUAUUCACUGCCAACUAUAGAAUAUAAUAAAAAAAAUGUAAACAUAAUUGCAUGUUUUAUCAGCAUGCAGGCAAUCAAUCUGUAAUAUUCAAUUAAUGGUGAAAUGAAGUAGACGUGUCAGAAUACAUUCAGAAUUACUAUAUGCAUAAAUACACACGUGCACGUGUAGCCAGACCAUAAAAUGAGAAUUCCAGUUUUAAAUGGAUUGUUUAAUUGUACGUAGGAAAACGCUGCAUGAUUUGUUGCAUGCAGUUCAGGGGGUGUUUAAUUUUUGUGCAUUAUGAUAAAAUGCGUUGUAUACGUAUACAAGUACGCUUUGCAUAGUUACGUUCAUUACAUAUUUUUAAACGCUUAUGUUUCUCUCAAUAAACACACCUAGUCACGAACGCACAUUAUAUGUAUAUUUGUUGAAUUGAACGUUAAAAUUGUACGCUUUCUGAACGGGAAAGUACUGCGUUAUUUUUAAAACGAACCAGUAGGCCUACUUUUAAUGUUUUACCUAAAACCUUUUACAGCACUGCAAUUAUAUAUAAAUCCUUGAUUGUUUUAGUAUUAUACGUGUAAUAAAGAACAAUCCAUAAAUUUUAAAGUGAUGUCAAUUGAA